ACAAAAUGGCCACCGCCACUACCACCGUCACGGUCUUGUGACAUGCGUUUCAAAGCGUCACAUAUACAACCUAAGCCUUGGUCAUCCGCUCCUUCCGUGUCUGCCGUGUCAAAAUCACCUACCUAUGGUCCACAUAACUUAUUUCAAGCAGCGCGAACUACCUUCACGGGAUUCGUCGAGUUGCACCGCACGAACUACGCCCCAAGCGCUCACGAGGCAGCCAUCAUCGCCGGACGCAUUCACGAACUCAAGCAGCUAUCUCAGGACUUAGUUGGGUCAUCUCUUGCGUUGAUAGCGCAGCAGGAGCGUCUCCGCGAGCAGAUAGCCCUCGCACAGGCUCUUCUCGCUCCCUGGCGUCGCUUUCCACCGGAACUAUGGUCGGAAGUCUUCUCUUACUCGCCGUCGGAAGAUUGGAUCUCCUGUCCCGUUGAUAGAAGACACCUACCGCUUGCGGAGGUCUGUCACGUCUGGCGCGAGCUCGCUCUCCGCAUACCACACCUGUGGUCGAGCAUCGUCGUCGAGGUCUGGGACGACUACGAGGAAAAGCCACCGUUGAGGCUGGGACUUUCGAAGGCAGUGGCUACGUGCCUGAGGAGGGCAAGAACGCACCCCCUCCAUAUCCGCGUCGUCGAUCACACCUUCGGUUGGCGCGGAUCUGAUCAAUAUUUCGCGAGCGAUCAAGGCAUGCGUUUAUGGGACCAGCUGUGCGAAACAACCGAUAGAUGGGAGACGGUCGAAUUAAGCGAUAUGCCGCCCGUCUCCUACGCCGCGCUCUCCUUCAAAUCAUUUCCCAUCCUGCGUUCCCUGCGGUUUCGAUUGGAGGAAGACCCAGCUCCUGAAGGCGAAGACUUCGCGCGUAUAUUGCGCGUCUUCUCGAAUGCCCCCGCUUUAUCCGUCUUGGGUCCCGGGGACGCCUGGGUGUCCCCUGCAUUCCAAUUGCCCUCGACCUGGCGCCUCACAUCCCUCAACUUCCAGUACGACUACUUCUCGGAGAACUUCGACGGCCUUCCCGCAUUCGGCGCUGUGUUAGCCUGCAGCCAGACUCUUCCGAGGUGCAGAAUCAAUUCACCCUGUCCUGACACAAUCGCCCGCGGUCAGCUCGUGGAGUUCGCCGCCCUCGAAGAACUCGUCCUCGAAGAGGGUGGCUUGCUCUUGCUAGAGCUUUUGAGGGCACCGAACCUGUGCUCCCUGGCGCUAUGCCAGGAUCUACAGGAUCUCGAAGAACUGAGCACCCUCGACUUGCUCAAAAUGCUGCUGUACAAUUCAUCGGGAUGUUGCUCACUACAGGCACUCAAGUUGUCCGACGCCUCCAUACGCAACAUUGAGGUCGCACUGGGGCGCCUGCCACAGUUGACCGCACUGGUCGUCACCGAUACCAACAACCAGCCGGGUAGCAUUAACACGCUGGACGAUUUUCACGACUUGGUGCAGAUGCUGAGGCGCAACCCUGCGCAUCCAGACUCACUCUCGUUGCUUCCCAAGCUCAAGCGGCUGGCCAUCAGGUUCGGCCGCACGAAGGACGCUUGCCUGGAAGACCUCAUAGAGAAAACAAUCUCAUCCAGGGCGAUACCCUGCACGCCCGACGGGGAGGAGCUUGCGUGUCUGAAUCCUGUCGACACUGCGCGCGAUCUCCAUUGGUUUCCGCGCUGAACUCGAGGCGCUUGGAUAUACGUGCCGCUCUGUAGCGAUUGACGUGACGAUGACCAAUCUAUGCUCGAAGGGGCAAUGGACAAGCUAGGCGAAUAGUACUUCGGCCGCCACUCCAGUACAACGCCACCAUUGAGUUCUACGCCACCAUUGAGUUCUGGGCAAGCCAACAGGAGCCUCGCCGAAGGCUGCAACGUUGAUUCUCUUAGACAUGGCUUCAAAGGGACACUCUACAUACAAGACAUGUACUGUCGGUCUACCUGAAUGCUGCAGUCGCCUGCGUCGUGCGCUUGCCUAUCGCGAGUUGUGUGCGCCCGCCCUAAACUUACCAGAAAAGGAAAUAGAAUUUGAU